AGGUUAAUCGGUGGUUUCCAGCCAAAACCGUUGAUUAACUGCUCAAAAUCGAUGAUUUUCCGUUCCGACUAGGCCCGGACGUGACAUCGAGGAGGAAAAAGUGCAACUAAACAAGACCAAUUUCCUGAUAACUCACUGGUGGCGGGAAAAUAAAGGAAUGGCUAUCUCAAUUUGAAAACACACCUUCACCAAACCAAACACUGCUCUCUCCACAAGAACUGGAAAAGGGAAAUGGAAGGAGGUAGCAACAGCGAAGCCAUAUUCGAAUCAUUAAAUCUAGGUCCGCGGCUCUUCAUGAAUGAGGUUCUCAAUGUUGUCGACGAUCUGCUUGACGAGGCCUUCAAAUUCUUCCUCCAAGAGGCUUCUGUGCGGCUGAAGACGGAGGACACCGAUAGAUCCGCCGAAGUGAGCAAGGGCGUCUCUUACAUUCGGGAUUUGAUUCAAUCGACUCUCGACCAGCGAAUGCAGAAGUGGGAAGAAUAUUGCCUUCGGUUUUGUUUUAGCGUGCCUGAAGGCUUUCUGCUCCCGGAAACUAAUGGCUCACAUGGGGAUGAUUCAGUGGACCUUGAUGCUCUCACUGACACAGAGAUGGAUGCACAGUUGAAUUCCUUGCGUGACAGACUUUCUUUGCUUGGAAAAGAAUCUGUUGAGCUUGCACGAGAACUCCAUGCCCUGGAGAGGCAGUCAUUGUCAAGCAAUCAGUCUUCUGGGUCUAUUGAUGAAGCGCUGCAGUUGUACAAGGAUCAUGAUGCCAGCCAUAUGUUUCGAGGUGUGAAAGACGGGAGUAAGGAUAAUUAUUUGAUCAAGCUUGGUGCGCUCAUUUGCAGCAUGAUCUUCUCAUGGCCAAAACUGCUUCUCAUGUGCUCUCUGAAUCCAUUCAUAGUUUUAUUUUGAUAUUACUAAAAACAAAUGAAAGCUCCAGGUUAAAAUGAAAUUCGCAAAUUUGCUCAUUUCAUUUACAGUUUGUUUCAGUUAUUCAGAUCAAAAAGUGGCCACAGAAGGACUUUUUUCCUCUUCAUGAAUCUAGAUCAAUUUUUGUUUUAAACUUUGCACUAGUAGGGAAAUGUAGACUGAUUAGUCUGCCUUGUAUUAGACAUUCUCUAUUGAUACUUCAAUUAUUACAGACCAUGUGUUUUAUCUCUCGCAGAGCUGACAACUAUAGCAUCAGAACUCCGCACAAGAUUGGG